AUGAGUAACAUCAUCCCCGAUAUGCAAGAUCCUGCCACCGAGCCAUACUGCAUUUGGUAUCCAGAACCUGCAUUGGAAGAAACCUACCGCGAGCUUGCCCGUCGAUAUCCAUCGAUGCGCUAUCAAGUCGGCCGCGCAUGUGCUGCUGCUUUGUAUACGAAUCUUUACAAAGAAUUGGAUCUUCUGCCAGACGUAUCUAUUGCUGAAGAAGCCCGCAAUGCUGCCGAAGACGCCGACAUCUACAAAAUCAUCAUGUCGGCCCCUCAAAGAUGGGCUGUUAUGGAUGAUUUCACUCGAUCAGUUAAUCUUGAAAGCCCACAGGCACCCGCGUUUCUAAAUGGCAAUAUGAAGCCCCGACGGGCUUUGGGCCGGCGUGUUCUUCCUCCCAAGAACUUGCCAGAUACAACUGCAGAUGAUAUUGACAUUGAGGAAGAUGGAUUUAUUGGGUUGAAAGAAAAAACCAGCAAAGUAGAUCGCGAUGCGAUACUCGGCCCAGGUGCGAAACUCGGCCCAGGAGACUCUGAGCAUUUGUGGAUGCCUCUUCCGCCUGAUCUUCCAGUUCUCGACAAACGCCUUCCAACGCAAAUGGCUGCAUGGGAGGGUAAUGUGGAUAGAUACGCUCGAUUGAUGCACCCACGGAGGCUCAGAACGGAAAUUGAAUACGAUUGUAUUCUUCGUGGGAUUUAUCACCAUACAAGUUUUGCUCGAUGGUGGGCCUAUCAGCUGGAAACCAACCCUGGGCGAAUCAUUCUCCCAGGUAAAUUGCUCAGCGAAGGCAUUGAGCGCGAGUGUCGCGAGAUUCGCACUGCGAUAAAUGCUCGCAAAAUCAUGAACAAUGAUAUCUCUGACCUUGACGGUGACUCUGAAUGCCUCCCUUGGCUUAUUUGGUGGCCGGUAAGGCCUCAUGAGAACACUUUGCGUGAGCUGGCUGGCAAGUGUCCGUCCAUGAGACACCAAAUUGCGAUCACCGCCAUACUUUGUGACUACAAAUCGCUUUUCAGGUCCUUGAAGCCCCCUCCACGCGAGUCCUUCUUCGAGGCUGCUAAACAGAGCAGAAACCCGUUCUACCUCAAAUAUCUAGAGGAAUUUGUCAGGGAGCGUUCCAUUGGAAGCAAAGAAAUCUCAGAGUUCGGCCCUUACGAUACCACCGUGGAAGCAAGUUUACAGCCUGAUUUGGAGCCCAGAGAUUCUUUUGCUCAUUCUUCUAUCCGAUUUUCUCAUAUGGUUGUUCCUUGGGGGCAGAAUCCCAGAGACGAAUGGGGCUCUCCUGGUAUCUAUGGCGGUCAGCCAGCUGACCCGGGAGUUGUGGAGAGAUACAUGUGGCUGUCAACUGAAACUGCGCAGAAGAUUCAAGACGAAUCCAGCGGAAUCUACAACGAUAGCGCGGAUACUGGCUACUUGUAUAUUGAAGAUGAUGAUUCGGAUAACGAACUUUGGCUGAAGCUCUCACGUCCUCUAAAGCGUAUGACAUCCUUCGAAAUGAAAGACUCGGAGGACGAAAGCUAG